UUCUGCAUGUGAAUCCGUUGAUCUAUGUGCGCUUCAUUCUUCUUGGGUCUUCAUUGAUUCUUUCUAAGAGGGGAAGCCUUUACUCUUCACGCUUCAAGUGAGGAUGCUUUACAUGUUAGCAAAAUGGACUUCCAUUCAUCACAUAUUCUUCGUUAUUUCCUAAAAUGGUAAGUACCCAGUGGAGCUGGCAAAAUGAUGAAGAAACUCGUAUGAAAAGUCAGCAGUGCAAGGAUUGAUGGCUUCAGGAAGCGUACCAAACAAUUUGUAAAACGCCUUCAAUCUUUCUCUUUUCUGUCAUCCUCAUUGGUACCAUUGCAAUCACCACCGUUGCAGUCGGUAAUUGCAACCUCCUCUGAUGUCGCCAUUUCCUAUGACUGAGAAACGACUGAGUGGGCUUUUCCUAUUCCCACAAGCCCAAUCCACAGUCCUCCCUGAACCUUCCAAUUUCUUCUCUCCUAACCUCCUCUCAACCCCACUUCCCACAAACUCCUUCUUCCAGAACUUUGUCCUCAAAAAUGGAGACCAAGCCGAGUAUAUUCAUCCUUACUUAAUCAAAUCUUCGAAUUCCUCGCUUUCUCUCUCUUACCCUACUCGCUUCUUCACCUCUGCUUUCAUCUACCAAACCUUCGUCGCUGAUCUAACCAUCGGGAAAAUCAAUCCUGAUUCCAAUGCCAAGCAUGUAAUCUCUUCCUAUAAUGAUCUCAGCGUCACGUUGGACAUACCAUCUUCGAAUUUGCGAUUCUUCCUCGUCAGAGGAAGCCCCUAUCUCACUGUGGCAGUGACUCAACGUACUGCACUUUCGAUCAAAACAAUCCAUGCGAUCCUUUCUCUCUCUUCCAAUGAUUCUCUCACCAAGUACACCAUUCAGCUUAACAAUGGCCAGACGUGGUUUAUAUAUGUGUCUUCUCCUAUCAAUUUCAGUCACACCCUUUCUGAGAUUACUUCAGAUGGGUUUUCGGGUAUCAUUAGGAUUGCUGUUUUACCCAAUUCAGACUCGAAUUAUGAGGCGAUUCUUGACAGGUUUAGCCCUUGUUAUGCGGUUUCAGGGGAAGCUUCAUUAACAAAACCAUUCUGUGUCGAAUAUAAAUGGGAGAAGAAAGGGUGGGGGGAUUUGCUGUUAUUGGCUCACCCUCUCCAUCUUCAACUUCUGUCUAAUGAUAAUGCGUGUGGUGUUAGUGUUCUUGAUGAUUUCAAGUACAGAAGCAUCGAUGGCGAUCUUGUUGGUGUGGUUGGGGAUUCGUGGUUGUUGAAGACCGAUCCUAUUUCUGUGACUUGGCAUUCUACCAGGGGUGUGAAAGAAGAAACUUAUGAAGAAAUUGUUUCGGCACUUGCAAAAGAUGUGGAGGGCUUGGAUUUCACCUCAAUAACAACUACGUCAUCUUAUUUUUAUGGGAAAUUGAUUGCAAGAGCAGCUAGGUUGGCAUUAAUAGCUGAAGAAGUGUCAUUUCUCGAUGUGAUUCCUGCGAUCAGGAAGUUCCUGAAGGAAACCAUUGAACCAUGGUUGAAAGGAACCUUCAAUGGUAAUGGCUUUCUGUAUGACCCCAAAUGGGGAGGGAUUGUGACAAAACAAGGGUCUAACGAUUCAGGUGCUGAUUUUGGCUUUGGGAUUUAUAAUGAUCACCAUUACCAUCUGGGAUACUUCAUUUAUGGAAUUGCAGUUCUUUCGAAGAUUGACCUUGCCUGGGGAAGAAAAUAUAAACCUCAAGCUUACUCACUCAUGGCUGACUUCAUGAACUUGAGAAGAAGAUUAAACUCAAACUACACACGCCUAAGAUGUUUUGACCUUUACAAGUUACACUCGUGGGCUGGAGGUUUGACCGAAUUUGCAGAUGGAAGAAACCAAGAAAGCACAAGUGAAGCUGUAAAUGCAUACUACUCAGCAGCAUUAAUGGGUCUAGCUUAUGGUGAUACCCAUCUUCUUGUCGCUGGAUCAACACUCGCAGCACUGGAAAUUCAUGCAGCGCAAAUGUGGUGGCAUGUAAAAGAGGAAGAUACUUUAUAUGAGCAAGAUUUCACAAAGGACAACAGAGUAGUGGGUGUUCUUUGGGCUAAUAAAAGGGACAGUGGGCUGUGGUUUGCUCCUCCUGAAUGGAGAGAGUGUAGGCUUGGUAUUCAGGUUCUGCCAUUGUUGCCUUUAACUGAAGCUUUGUUCUCUAAUGUGAAAUACGUGAAGGAACUUGUGGGAUGGACAUUACCUGCAUUGAAUAGGGAAGGUGUUGGCGAAGGUUGGAAAGGGUUUGUUUACGCCUUGGAAGGAGUUUAUGAUAAAGAGGGAGCAUUGGAGAAGAUAAGAAGCUUGAAAGGAUUUGAUGAUGGAAACACAUACACCAAUCUCUUAUGGUGGGCUCACAGCAGAGGGGAUGAAGUUGAAGAUGAAGAUGACUGUGGUCAUGUGAAGAACUGUUGGUUUGGUCAUUACUGUCACUGACAGUUGUCUGAUUAUUUCCUUGUUUUAGAAGUUUACAUAAAGUCGAAAUUUUUUGGGUUAUACUUAUAAUAUUGUAUUAUUCAUAUCUCAUAUAUAGGUUUGUUGGUCAUUGUAGCUGAGGAGUUGUGAAUUCAUGUCUGUAACGUCUGAUUUCGAGCUGCUUGUGUAUUUAUGGCUUUUGUCUCUUUCCUUGAGUUAAAUAUAAAUGGCGUGAGCUACCAGGAUUAAUUUUA